GUUGCAGUUGCUCUGGUUUUGCAUUACAGCAGAUUAGAGGGGGCGGAGGAGACCUUUAAGUGUGCGCUCUGCCUGCUGCAGACUCUCAAAGAAGCGCUCAUUUGAGGAGUCAAACAGGAGAACUACUGACAUUGGAUGUGGACUAUAAAACGCUUUCAUCGGGAUUUUUGCAUUCUUGUGUGCAGCAAGGUGUGUUUCAUGGUUCAAGGGUAGCACCCUUUCUCCGUGCAGCUGAAGCCCCACACCCCGGUGCAUGAUGUGUGCCUGCAGCGCUGCAUACCUGUGGAGGUGGUUGCUGGAGGUUCUGUUGUUUCUGGCCGCUGUGGUGCCGUCCAGCGCCGACUGCCCCAAAUCCUGCGUCUGCUACGUUCCCACCGAAGUGCACUGCACCUUCAGAUACCUGACCGCAAUACCUGACCACAUCCAGCCAGCUGUGGAAAGAAUUAACCUCGGGUACAACAGUAUCACCGUCUUGAGAGAAAAUGAUCUUUCAGGGCUCGAGAACUUGGAGCUGUUGAUGCUUCAUAGCAACACUAUACACAGUAUUGAAGACAGAGCCUUUCAAGACCUCAAGUCACUACAGGUCUUGAAGAUGUCAUUCAACAAAGUAAAGGAAAUCAACAAAGAGACAUUCAAAGGCCUGAACAGUCUGCUGAGACUCCACAUAGACCACAACCACAUUGAGUUUAUUAGUCCAGAGGCUUUCUACGGCCUGACCAACUUACAGUUGGUCCAUCUGGAGGGUAACCACCUCCAGCAACUCCACCCAGACACAUUCAUCACGCUGAGACACAGCCAGGUUUUCAAGGUAUCCUCUAUAAGAAGCAUCCACCUGUCAGAAAACCUCCUGACAAGUCUGCCAGCAGACAUUUUCUCAGGCUGCAGUCAGUUAGAGAACCUCUUCCUCCAUGGCAACCCCUGGACAUGUGACUGCCAUAUGACGUGGUUCUCAGUGUGGGCGCAGACAAACACAGGUGUGCUGAAAUGCAAGCGAGACAGGAGAUAUCCGAGGGGCCAGCUGUGUCCUGUUUGUGAAAAUCCAGCCCCUUACCACAACAGACCUCUGUCCCUUCUCCAUGGUGAUUCUCUUACUUGUACCAAACCCUGGAUCCAACCAUAUCUAAAGCAGAAAAACAUCAGCUUAGAUCAGGGAGAUUUCACUCCAGUUUCCCCCAAGGACUUCAUCGCCCCAUUAGGCUCCAUACAAAUGAACCUGACCGAUCAGUUUCACAAUGAUGCCAGCCUGUCCUGCACCGUCCAAAGGCCCACAGCUUUCAAGAACCUGAGGCAAACUGUGGAGGUGGAGGAGGGAAACAAUGUGACUGUGCUUACCACUGACAUAACUACUUAUUUGGUGUGUAACAUUAACUAUGAACACAUCCAGCAGCUCUGGCAGAUAUUGGCCUCCUACAGUGACUCUCCUAUGAGGCUAGAGCGAGGUUUAAUGCUGGGCAGAAGCCCAGAAAUGGUAUACAGGUAUAGUCAGAUAAAAACAAAGGACAAAGAGGAAGGAUUUGAUACAAACAUUGAAGCUGACAUUAAAGCCUCCCCUCCAUGGUUAAUGCAGGGAGAGGUCAGCUUCCAGCUUGACCGCGCUACUACCACCUUCUCAACUCUUCACAUUAAGUAUCAGUCUGAGGUCAACCUACGUGUGGACGACAGAUCACCUAAAAAGGACCGCUACUCGUGGACAAUGAUAAAGCGGGAUAAUCACACCAAGACUGAGUACACUGUACUCACAGGUGGUGUGGCACAGUUAACAUGUCAAAUCCGGGGUGAACCAAAGCCUUUGUUGGAGUGGAUUUUACCAGAUGGAAGUAAAGUCAGAGCUCCAUUUUCCAGUGACGACAGGAGGAUCAUAAUCACUGCUGAAGGGAAGCUCACUGUUCGCGGUGCCGAUACUUCCGACACAGGCCUCUACUGGUGCAUUGCCACAAACUACCUGGAUGCAGAUAUCCUGGUUUUUCGAGUGACAGUUCUGUCCCACGAUGUGGAAGAGGCUGAGGUCAAUGGGGUCCAGCUCUCAAGGCCACUGGGUGAAAAGCUAGUUUUAGAUUGUAGUUCCUCAGGGAGUCCUGAGGCCUUGGUAUCAUGGGUUCUCCCUGACCACUCAGUACUGUACAAGUCCCAAAAUAACAGAAAGGUGUACAAGAAUGGAACGCUGCUGAUUCAGGGUCUCACAGAAAGGGAUCGGGGAUUUUAUAGAUGUUUGGUUGCAAAUCACCUGGGAUUUGACCUGCUUGUGUCUCAAGUGACAGUGACUGAAGGACGGCCUGAGCCUGCUUUAACAGCUUUGGACAGUGAGGGAUCAGGGAUGGCAAUGGAGGUCAAGAUGGAUUCUAAUUUGACAGGAAACACAGUCAACCUCAAUGAGAUCCCACCCCCCAAUCAAGCUGACAGAAACAGUCAGGAAUCCAGGACCAUCACCUCAGAUCGACCUUACCCCAGACACAGAUCACAGGGCAGAGGAGGCUCUGGAGCUAGACUGGGACAGAGAAGGAGGGGGCCAGUCCGCAACAGACACAUCUGGAGUAGUAGGAUCUUUGAUAAAGCUUCCAGGAAAGUAGACCCUCAGAAAUUUGCUGAACUUAUGAAAAAGGCUCAACAUGGAUCAAGAAAGACUGGGACAGAGGAUGAGAGGGGAAAAUAUGAAGACUCACACACUGUUUUUUCUGGUGAUGAUGACAUUGGCUCUGGCGAGAUUCAUAAUGAAGACCAUCUCAUUGCUGUCCCAAGGAUAGUCAAACCAACUACAGAGAAUCCAAACAGAAUAUAUGGCAAAGAGGGGCAAACUGAAACAACAGCAACUACACAGACAGAUGAGAGUGUUGACAUGGAAAAUACAUUCAGUAAUCAUAUUGAUUUUAAUAGUGUAGCAGAACAUGAAAACUUACACAUACCAGAGUCAUAUAUGCAGUCAGACGCUACACCAAUUAGGUCCGCAUUCACACACGUUCCAAAUUUUGUUGAAACAACAGAGAUUUAUGCCCUGGAAAGAACAAGCAAACCUCCCUCAAAUGUCCAACCAGUCACGCUUCAACUUACUGUGACAGACACUUCACAAGAAACCCAACUCCAGUUUUCAGGAGAACCACCUGGAGAGCCAGAGACAUCCACAGGGGCGGCACUUUCAUUCACUACAGACCCUAAUGUUACUCCAAUGAGGGAUGGUGCAGGUCCCGUGGAGGUGUUUGUACACACAGACCCUGAAAGUCAAACCACAUUCACAGCAGUCACCACCACAGAGAGACAGCAAGAUGAGAUCACGUUUCACACAACCCAGACUAUAAAAUCCCCACGCCUGCCAGCAGGAUCCACCAUCGUCUCCCAGCAUCAGAUCCAUAUCAUCCCACGGAAGAACAACAGAGGAGGGGCUGGCAGGAGGAUUAUUCCAGGCCACAGGAGGAUCAUUAAACCCAACAGAAUCACUGACAUACAGUCCUUCAUCAAUAAACUUAAAAAGCCCACUGUGAAGAAAGAAGGGAAUGCCACUGUGCCAUAUAGAAUUGAAUUGACUACAGACUGUAACACUGAUGAAGACAGAAAAAAGACCGUGAUUGCUGACCUCCAGGUGGUCACACCAACAGCGUCUUCCAGUCCAUCUUUACACAAAACAAAUAGACCUGCUUCUACGCAAAAAACUACAGCUUCUACCACAAACAAUUACAUUACCUCAAAUGCUCCAGGCACCCAUACUGAGUCCAGGUCAGAGGUUUACACUGAGUACGUAACGUCUGCUGAUGCUCCUGAGUUUGAUCCUACAACUGAUCCAUUUUUGAUCCCCAAAAAACCCCCAUCAAUCUCCACUACAACACCUACUACAACCCCUUCUAAGGUUAUUCGUGGACGAAUUCCGUGGAACAGGCUGUUUGGAAGCAGAGAAAGGGAAAGGAUCCUGGGCAGACUAAGAAGACCUUUCUCCACCCUAAAAACAUCAACUACAGCUGAAAUGACAACAGUGAUCCUAACCACAACCCCUGCUUCUGUGCCCACCACCAUAGCAAAUUCUUUGGCUGAACCUGAGACUCUGUCACCAUCCAGACCCACACACAGCAGAGAGAGCUCAUUAGAUGAUGACUAUGGAGAUUCAUCCUCUGCAGAUUUUGAGUUCACAACAGUGAGACCCAGCUUUCACCAUAUAACAACUACAAGUGCAUCUGAUUACUCCAGCUCUUCCACCACUGCUGAAACACCACCAGAAUUACAGACUCUGCCCUCCCCACCAACUGUCAAACCAUAUUCAGCUGAAAAUCCUGAUGAAGCCUUAUCAUCUGGGUCAGGGGGACUACCUGAUAGUUUGCUUGUUAUCAGACAGCGGCCUGGUGGGACAAGGAGGUGGCAAGGGCGAAGAAGGAGACCUUUUCGAGGCAGGAGACCCUUCAGAAAACCUGUAAUCACUACUACGACUGAGGCUUCAACUACAGAGUUAACAACUGUGGAAACUACAAUGGAGGCAACCACAAAACUUGAACAUGCUGUUUCUCUCUACAACCCCCUGUACACACCGUCUAGGAAAGAAGACAGAACUGCAGUAGCUGUUUCUGUUGAUGAAAUGUCAAAGGAGGAGAGUGAAUUAUACGAGGAAUUUGACGGGACAUCUAGUAGUUCAUCAACUUAUGCUACCAGCAAGACACCUUUGAUUAUUUCAACCACAUAUAACCCGACCACAACAUUGAUGCCAGUUUCUACAAAAGGGGCAUACACAACAGUUCAGACCAGAGUCCACAGCAACAUCAGACCACCAACACAGAGGAACAAUGGAGACACCAAUCACAGGCCACCAUUAGGGAGAAUCAGGCCUACUGUGCCAAGCAGUAGUGUUGCCAGAGGCAGUGCAGAUAAAGGCCAUAUCUUUGACACAAUGACUAUUCUUACGGCUGAGCGGGGUUAUCAUCCCAGCACCCCCGCUCCACACAACAAGGACAUACAUAAUGCAAUUUCUACUGUUUACAAUCAGGUCACAGGCUAUGAAAGUACAAUUACCAAUACUGCUGGCUUUGAACCCACUACAAAGGCCAUGACAAACAAACCUAAGAUACUGGGGGGAAAUGCAGCCAGCUUUACAGUUUUGUCCAACUCAGAUGCUUUCCUGCCAUGUGAGGCUGUCGGAAACCCGCAGCCAGUGAUAACUUGGAAGCGCUUCUCUUCAAGCACAGGCAACACUAUUACCAUUAAAGGAAGAAUGGGCAAGUUUGAGGUGUUGGGCAAUGGGACGCUGUCUGUCCAGAAUGCUAAUAUUAAGGACCGUGGCCAGUACCUCUGUCUCGCUGAGAAUGAUCAUGGAUCAGAUAAACUUCUUGUCACCCUCUCUGUGGUGGCCUAUCCAUCACGCAUUCUGGAGCCUAAAAUGCGUGAGAUAAAAUCUCAUACAGGAAACAAAGUGGAGAUGAAAUGUAAGACAGAGGGCCGACCCAUACCCACGAUAUCUUGGAUCUUGGCCAACCGGACCCAAGUCAGGGGUCAAAACACAGAGAAGGGAAGGGUAUCAGUGUCUGCUGAGGGCACUCUGGUUAUUGAGGAUGUGUCUGUUUAUGACAGAGGUCAUUACAAAUGCAUUGCCAGUAAUCCAGCUGGAGCUGAUACUGCUACAGUCCGACUGCAGGUGGUUGCAGCUCCACCAGGCAUCAUCGAGGAGAAACGGAAGCAGCUCAAAGCCAGCCGGAGCCAAACCUUGUGGCUGCCCUGCACUGGUUAUGGCACCCCCCAGCCUACUAUUCACUGGGUCCUCCAUGAUGGGUCAGUGGUACGAUCUGACAAGCCUGCCAGUGACACAAGGAUAUUAAUGUACGAGAAUGGGACGCUUCGCAUUCGGGAUGUAACUCCGGCACAGAGUGGAAAAUAUGAAUGUAUUGCUACCAGCUCUACUGGCUCAGAGCGCAGGGUGGUGACUCUGACAGUGGAGACUCAAAAGUCUGCACCUCAGAUAGUAGAAACAUCCCAGCGCUUAACCGAGCUGUCCUUUGGGGAUCAGCUGAGGCUAAACUGUGCUGCAACGGGAGACCCUAAACCUAGGAUCAUGUGGAGGCUGCCUUCUAAAGCUGUAGUUGACCAUUGGCACAGGAUGGGCAGCAGAAUUCAGGUCCUGGAAAAUGGCACUCUUAUCGUUAACACUUUGACUGAUAAAGAUGCUGGAGACUAUCUCUGUGUGGCACGAAGCAAGAUUGGUGAUGAUCUCCAGCUCAUGAGGGUCAGUAUAUCAAUGAAGCCAGCCAAGAUAGAGACUAAGUUCUACAGUAAGAAGCAGGUACCGUAUGGCAACGACUUGAAGGUGGACUGUAAAGCCUCAGGAGCUCCAAAGCCAGAGAUCUCCUGGGGUCUACCUGACGGUACAGUGGUCAACAGCGCUCUGCAGUCUGACGCUACUGGGAGGAGUGGAGGAGGACGAACACGUCGCUAUACUCUCUUUGACAAUGGAACCCUUUAUCUGAAUCAGGUGGGCAUGUCAGAGGAAGGGGACUACACCUGCUAUGCUGAGAACCAGGUGGGAAAGGAUGAAAUGCAUGUACAUAUCACUGUGGUGACAGCGGCACCCAGGAUACAUCCACCCAGCCAGACCUACGCCAGGGUGAAGCCGGGAGGGAACAUCCGGUUUGACUGCGAAGCACAUGGGGAGCCCAAACCUAAGAUCCUGUGGAUGCUUCCCACCAAUGAUGUAAUAGCAGCAUCAAAUGAACGCUACUUAAUGCAUGUCAAUGGUUCUCUGGAUAUCAGGGAUGUGAAGCUAGUUGAUGCAGGGGAGUAUGUUUGUGUGGCUCGCAACCCUGGUGGAGAAAACAGAGAAAUUUACAAGCUUGACAUAGAUGGGAAUCCACCAGUGAUCAAUGGCUACCGGCAGAACAGGACUGUAAUCAAAGAUGUAGCCAGUAAGUUCUCCAGGAAACUUAUAGACUGUAAAGCUGAGGGUGAGCCCACUCCUACUAUCACUUGGAUUAUGCCUGAUAACAUCUUUCUGAAAGCACCAUACUUUGGCAGCAGGAUAAAUGUCCACCAUAACGGGACGCUAGAGAUUCGGAACGUGCGACCUACUGAUACAGCAGAGUUCAUUUGCAUGGCAAGAAACGAUGGAGGAGAGGCCGUAAUGGUGGUGCAGCUGGAGGUCACCAGUUUGCUAAAAAGGCCAAUCUUCAAGAACCCCUUCAAUGAACGUGUUGUUGCUCGGUUUGGCAAAACCACAGUUCUGAAUUGUUCUGCUGAUGGGCACCCAACGCCAGAGAUCAUUUGGACUUUACCUAAUGGAACACGGUUUACUGGUGGGUCACACCGUGGCACUCGCCACCACCUAGGCAAUGAUGGAACUUUAGUCAUCUACAACCCUCGCAAAGAAGAUGCUGGAAAGUAUCGCUGUGGUGCCAAGAAUUUCAUGGGCUACAUAGAGAAGCUAAUCAUUUUGGAUAUUGGGCAGAAGCCAUACAUUCUAACAAGGCCAAGGGGCAUCAUACGCAGUGUGUCUGGGGAACCCCUCUUGCUUCACUGUCUAUCUGAUGGGAGUCCCAGACCCAGAAUCUACUGGACCAUUCCUGGUGGUCACACUCUUACUCGACCUCAAGUCCUUGGCCGCUACAAAUUGCUAGAAAAUGGUACUCUAAUUGUUCAGGACACUACUCUCCAUGACCAAGGAAACUACAUCUGCAGGGCUCGCAACGAUGCUGGAGAGGCGGGACUCACUGUUCCUGUUGUUAUUAUUGCUUACCCUCCAAGGAUCACAACAGGACCACCACCCAGUGUGAGGGCAGUGACUGGGACAUCUUUUCAACUCAACUGUGCUGCCACUGGGAUCCCCAAGCCAGACAUCAUUUGGGAGCUUCCCGAUCAUUCAGUUCUGUCAGCAGCACAACAGGGACGGCGUACAGGUAGCGAGCUGCUCCACCCCCAGGGCACACUCAUCAUUCAGAGACCCAAACCCUCAGAUUCUGGAACAUACAAAUGCCUGGCCAAAAACCACCUAGGUACAGACUCAAAGGUCACAUAUGUACUUGUACAGUGAACAGAAACAUAACUGAGUAAGGACAGUAUAUCCAAAUGUCAACAUUAACAGACAGUUGCCAUACCAUGUGUCUGCAAUGUACAGUACUUGUCUUCUCGUGUGGAUUUGUGAGGAUCACAGCUGGUAGAAUGUUAUUAAAAAGAAGCCACAGAAGUGAAUUCCGAAAAUAAACUGAGCACAAGAAGAAAAUGGACACAGACAUUUUAAAGGGGAAAAAAAAAUAUUUUUUUUAAACUGGAAAACCCAGUCUGGGGCUACAGAGUUGUUAUUGUAACUUUGGGACUGGGGGUCUGGAAAUUCAUAGGUGGUUCUCAUUUGAGGUGGGUCUCAUGGGAGCGAAAAGCCAAGCCUAAAGUGAUUUCUCUCACCAGGCAUUGGGCGUAGUAUCACAGGCAAAGAUACUAUUACAGUGCAAAGACCCCUCAGAGGGCUUUAAUGCCGUUCAGACAUUCGCCAGAGGUUGUUGCUGUUGUGACACGUUGCUUUGUCCCUUGACAGCAAAUGAAAAAGACAACAGGUAAAGUGCAUUAUGAAUGAUCUUUCAAGGUCAAUUUAUUGAUUUUGACAGUGGACAAAGGUAGGUUUGUUCAAAAUAUAUAUGAGGGUUGUUUUACACUGGACACAUAUCUGCAUGAAAAGGACAGUGCUUUCAUACCAGAAUCACUUUUCACACAUUUCUUUCUUAUACUUUUAAAAUGAUUUUGAUGACAGUUUAAAGCAGAUUCAUUCAUGUCUAUUUGCAGCGCAAUAAAAAAAUAUACAAAUAUUCACUAAUAAUCUAUUGUGUUGUACACAAGAAUUUACAGUAAUGUUAUACAUUAUGCUAAUCUGUAAUAAUACAGUAUAUUAUAUCUAUUUGUAGUAUCUACUUUAUUAAAGUAUGGGAUAAAAAUGAAAUAAAAAUUUAAACAUG